CCUGUCAAUGGCCGGAGUCCCCGGGUCCGGCCGGCUCCGCGUGGCGUCCGCGCCCCCCACUUCCUCCUCCAGCGCCUGAGACCGAGCCGCAGCCGGCGCCCGGGGGGUCCCCGCUGCCACCUGCUCUCACCCUGACUCCAGCAGCGGCCGGGCAGGGGGCACCCGCCGCUCCUGCCAAGCCCCAGGCGUAGCCCGGCUGGGCUCCCCCAGAGGCUGCUGCCCGCUGACCCCUUCCUGGGGGCGGGGGCGGCCCCCUGCCCUAGGAGCCCUGCGGGGAAGCUGGCACCAGGGAUGCCCCCGGGCAGCUCUUGCCCGGGCUGGUGACGCGCUCCGGAGAGCGCCCCGCGCCUCCCACCAGCCUGAGCCCGGGCAUGUGCUGGAGCCAGUCGUAGCACAUGGUCACCCCCGGCCCGCCUGCCGCCUGGACCUCCUGCCCCCAGGACUGCCAUGGGGCGGUCUCUCUGGCUCUGCCUGGCCCUCUCGCUGCUCGCCGGAUCGGCCCACGGGGACCCAGCCGCCCCGCCGGGGAGCAACCACUUGAGGGCCCCCAGCAGGCACCCCCGGAGCUAUAACCAUCUGGAGGGCGACGCGCGCUGGAGGAGGCUGUACGUCUCCACCCACUUCUUCCUGUGCAUCGACAGCAGUGGCAAGGUGCAAGGCACACGGUGGAAGGAAAGUCCUAACAGCAUCCUGGAGAUCCGGUCGGUGCGAGUGGGCGUCGUAGCCAUCAAAUCCGUGCACACGGGUUUCUACCUGGCCAUGAACAAGAAGGGGAAAGUAUACGGGUCGAAGGAGUUUAACCCCAACUGCAAGUUCAAAGAGCGCAUCGAGGAGAACGGCUACAACACCUACGCCUCGCUGCGCUGGCACCCCGGGAACCGCCCCAUGUUCCUGGCCCUCAACGGCAAGGGCAGGCCCAGGCAGGGGGACAAGACGCGGCGCCAGCACCUCUCCGCUCACUUCCUGCCCAUGCUCGUCUCCUGAGCCGCACGCAGCCGCCCCGGACUGAGGCGGGUUGGGGGGUUGUUUUUUUAAAAGGACUCUGUGUUAUUUAUUAUUUUUUGGAAUGAAAAAGGAGAUGGGCUCUCCCUCUGCCCCGGGAGCAGUGAAGGAUUUAAAACCGCUGCUUGGAUCUGCUCUCCAGUGAGCAGCGCUGGACCCCCCCCACUGGGCUAGAACUGACUCCCCGUGGACCCAGGAAGUGGAAUCAUCCUGCGUGUGUCACCCCGAGCGCUGGCAGCCUCCCCCCCCCCCCCGCGAUCUAUGGGCAUAAUGCUCCAACCAUUGUUCCCUCAAAAGACGGACCACGGCUGAAGGGAGGCUGAGCCACCCAAGUGGGAACGGCCAGACACUUUGGGGUUGUUUUUGUUAAAUGACGUAUCAAUGCACAUGUAUACAGUGUCUGUCUAUAAGCGGCCAGGCACAUUAAAGCCCUGUUCUGUACUUUUACA